CCUGUGCGCUCACGUGAUCUCCGUGCGCCUGGUAACAGCGAAAGCGUCGCUCACGCUAUGGAGAUUGACAAGCUGUGCUCGAGGAGCCGCGGAAGAUUCAGAGCCGAAAGGGAUCACGAUGCGCGAUAAAUCCUUCGUUCACGUACUUUCAAACAGCUCCGACAUCACACACACAUGCGAGCCGUUCACAAUAACACCGGCACACUGAUUGGGAUACCCGAAUAAGCGUCUUAAGGCUUGGGACAGUUUAUUGCAGAAGAUGUCCACUGGAGAUAUUGGUUUGGGCAAAUAUUGCCAUAUUGCAUCUUUCUUGUUACCUAAUGCGAUGAGGAACUAAUGCACUUAAUAGGAUUCAGGUCGCCCUCCCUGUCUUCCUGUAGCUCUCAGAAGCAAGCUGUGCCCAUACAUAACUGAGCCCAAUACAUAACUGAUUACCAGCUUAUGCUAGAGACAACAUCAGCAUCUGUUCUUGGCAGAUCCCCAAAGAGUCUGUAGAUGGCUUGCGACUUGGGGAGAUGAGAAAGGCUUCCUGAUAUCGGGUGAUUGGAUGCCCAUACAAACAUGGGGAAACUACAGAGCAAGUUCCGGCGACGCUCAGACCUUUACAAGGUCAAAGAGGGGGCGGAUACUGCACUUGUGCCCCAGGUAGUGCAGUAUGAACCCGCUCACACGGAUGCCAUCAACUGUGUCGUCAGCCUGACCUCUGACCUGUGCGUGUCAGGGGGCCAUGACCAGCUCUGUGGAAUACGUGAUUCUGAUUGGUCAAAAGCAGCAUGGUCAAAGGCAGCAAGCAUGGCUGUUGUUGUCUAUGACUGGAGAGCUGGAAAACUGUGUAAAUCAUUCCAGGGCCACAGCAGAGAGAUUACAAAGUUGUGUUGUCUUAAAGGACGUUCCUUAAUCUUCAGUGCGUCCCGGGAUAAGACGGUGCUGAUGUGGGAUUUGGGUCGAGAUACAGAACCCGUCCAGGAGUUUUGUGGCCAUGAACUCGUAGUUAAUGGGGUAGCGGUCAGCCCAGAUGGCACAAAGCUGUGCACGGGCUCUCGUGAUAACUCCAUGGCCCUUUGGGACAUUGAGUCAGGAGAAUGUCUGCAGAGAAACACCAUCUCACGUAACCUGGUGACCCAUGUGUGCUGGGUACCAGGAAGCACGUCUAUUGUCCAAACCUCAGAAGACAAAACUAUCAGUGUGUUGAUGUGUACUGUCUGUCUCAGGGUGUGGGAUAGUCGUACCUGGCAGGUGACUAACACGUUUCCUGCAAAGCAGUACAUUCAGACACACUGUGACAUCAGCUCCAACUGUUACCACCUGCUGUCGUCCAGCAACGGUUUCGGUGGGCAGGGUUGUGAGGCCACGCUGUGGGACCUCAGACAGCCCGGCUGUAAGGUGGCCGAAUACAGAGGACACCUGCAGACCACAGCAUGCUGCGUGUUUGUGCCUCCCCGUCCCGGGUGUCCUGCCCUCGUGGCGUCUUCAUCGUAUGACAGCUCAGUAAAAAUAUGGGAUCAGAACACUGCAGCAUGUUUGUACACAUUAACACUGGAUGGUUCAGGGCCUUUGGUGUCUCUGGCUCCGUGUGACUCCAGCAGUCUCCUGUGUGCCAGUUUUAACACAGGACUGCACCAGCUUCAUCUGGAUCAGGGAGCAGUGCCCAGCCUCGCUGAAGUGGCUCGCUUCUGACUUCCAUCUGGACCACCUGCAAAAUCAAACGGACGAGUUAAAACGAACAACUUUAAUAACUGGAACUCCUGGAAAUGAAAAUGUACACUACGUUGACAAAAAGUAUGUGUACGCCCUAUUCUAAACAGCUUGGACAUUUUAGUUUCACCCAUUACUAACAGAAGCAUAAAAUCAAGCGUGAAUCCAUGCAAUCUGUUCACAUCCAUGUUCCCACAUUGUUUUUGGCCAUGUAGCAUCACCUGACCACGUGUAAAAACUUAAUUAACUUUCCUAAAGGAAAGAGACUAGGUGGCUGUAAAACUCCCUACCCGCAGGCAUGAUUACUGUAUGGGAAUUUUUCUCUAUUUCCAAAUACAACCAGGAGAUAAGAUAGGUGCUGUUGUUUGUUUGUUUGUUUGUGUGUGUGUGUGUGUGUGUGUGUGUGUGUGUGUGUGUGUGUGUGUGUGUGUGUGUGUGUGUGUGUGUGUGUGUGUGUGUGGCUGCUGAAUAUGCUUGAAUAUGUUAAUUGAGGCCAGGGGUGUAAAGUACAGGAGUAAUUGUACUUCAUUAAAUGCUAAAUUAUUAUUUUAGGAAAUGUAUAUGUGACUACUGUUGAAAAAAAAUACUACAUACUUCCUAGAAUUUAAUUUAGAGCUUCAAAAUACAAACAUAUUUUGCAUUAUCAUGGUUUAAAAUCAUUCCAUUCUUCUUCUUUCUUUUUUUUGCUUACUGAGCUACCACAUUUUCCUUAACUUUUAUUUAAAAAAAAAAAGUCCAAAUCCAUUCCAUUGUGAAAUGUUGGCCACAACAACAUUUAACAUUGCCCAGAAUUCUGAUUAAUCCAUUUGGAUUAUAACCACCAUUUAUAGGCAGGAUUAACUGAGAUGAGAACUCGACUUGAGAUGGGUUUCAGAAUAUAAAUUUUGCUUUAACUAAAUACUGUGUGGACUCAGCCUUUGUCUUUAGUAAUUAAAUUAGAAAAAAAUAUGAUUAAGCUAAAAUGUUUACUUUUAGUUUUUCUAAUGCAUAACUACAACAAAGCUUUGUUUUAUGCGUCCCCACGUAAAUAUUAUGGCUGGAUACUUUGACCUGUAAUUGAGUCAAAUUUAGAAGGACAAAAGGAAUAUGUUUACUCUGCCUUGAGUAUAAUUUCUCUGCACUUUUACACCCCUGUUGAAAACCUUUUAUUUGCACUAGGUAACGGCUAAUGGUUCACUGCCAAAGUCAUGCAGAAAGUAGCAUAGAAAGAAAAGAAAUCUCAGGCUCUCUCUCCCUCUCUUUUUCUCUCAGUUACACAUACACAGACUCAGGUUUUGGCAUGAGGCAGAAACUGAAUCAUUUUUCACAGAGAAGCUUCUAGAGUUUACACGCACACACAUUUAAACAUUUAUGUAAAGAGUCUUCUCUUGUAUUUCAUGAGGCCGGUUAUGAGUUGAUGUGACCAUUUAGAGAAUUAAAUACAAAAAGAGCAGAUCUCAAUAUUCUUCCAGAGACAAGUGGCCAGACAACGCAGAAUGUAAAGUAAAUGAAAAUCAGUGAUGCAAUGUGUUUUCUUGUUGUUGUUUUUAUUAUUUUUUUUCUUUAACAUUAGUACUAUAGUUUUAGAAUAAAAAGAAUAUUGCAGCUUU